UUAAUUAGAAACUAUUCGGUUAGAUAUCAAAGCAAAUAAAAACAACAAAAAUAAUGACACAAUCGAUAGGUUUGUCGAAACGCCAGUUAUGCAACCAAUUGGUACAACAAUUAUCAGAUAUGUUAGUAGUAGUCGACCAUCAAAUACAAACAGUGAGACUCGUAAGCUAUGAGAAAAAAGAUAUAAGCGAUCAGUUACUAGAUUUGAUGAUCAAAAAACACGUUGAAAAAGAGUCGAGUAAUACAUCUAAUGUCGUUGAAGAGAAAAAUGAUGGACAACCGGUUCAAACAAUCGAAUGGGCCAAACGAUACCAGCAAUUGAAUGACGAGACCAGACAACUGACCCACGAAAUGGCCGAUUGUUUUGUUGAAUACAAACAUCACAUUCAAUCACUUUUGAAUAUUUUCAAAGAAAAUGUCAAAACUAUUGAAGAAUUGGAAGAUUUGACAAAUGAAUUGCGAAAUGAAUUGCCGGAUAAAUGUGAGAAAGAGGUCGAAGAAAAAUGGGAUGAAAUGAUCAAUAAAAUCAAAGUAGAGAUCAAUGAUAUACAGGAAGGUAUCGACAAAAUUGAUAAAAAUAUUGAACAAAAACGAAAGUUUAGUCAUAUGUUUGGCGAUAUUGUUAUUAAAAAUACAUAA